AUUAUUCACAUGGCCCGUCUGGCCACAGUGACGACUCGCCCUUCAUGCCCGUCUAGACAGAUUCCUCCUUCUCACACUUCAACAUGGCCCUGCGCACCCCUCUUGCAUGUGCGUUAAGGCGUGCGACGUCAAAGUCUCCCGCCACAUCGGUCUUGUCACCAUGCGCUGCGCAGUGGAGCAGAGCGAAUGCGACCGUCGCUCCCCCGGUUACGCAGGAUGCUACCGGCUCAAAAGGCCCCACUGCCAUGGUGUUUAUGAACAUGGGAGGGCCAUCCACGACAGAUGAAGUUGGCGAUUUCCUGAGCAGAUUAUUCGCCGACGGCGACCUCAUUCCCCUCGGACGACUCCAGAACUACAUCGGGCCCCUGAUUGCACGGCGGCGCACACCAAAGAUCCAGAAGCAGUAUGCGGAAAUCGGCGGCGGGUCGCCCAUUCGCAGAUGGUCCGAACACCAGGCCUCCGAGAUGUGCAAGAUCCUGGAUCAGAUUUCGCCGGAGACCGCUCCACACAAGCCCUAUGUCGCCUUUCGAUACGCCGACCCUUUGACGGAGAACAUGUACAAGCAGCUGCUGGAAGACGGCUUUGGUGGCGGGAAAGGCGGCCGCGCUGUCGCAUUUACACAGUACCCGCAGUACUCCUGCUCAACAACCGGCUCGUCGCUCAACGAACUCUGGAAAUGGCGGCACAGACUGGAAGGGAAGCGAGCGACAGGAGAAGUUGAUCCGGAAGGCUCUAUCAAGUGGAGCGUUAUCGACCGCUGGCCGACGCAUCCGGGGCUCGUCGAAGCCUUCGCGCAGAACAUCGAGAAGACAUUGGAGGAGUACCCGCCGGAGCGAAGAGAUAACGUCGUCUUACUCUUCUCCGCACACAGUCUACCCAUGUCCGUUGUCAACCGCGGCGAUCCGUAUCCCGCAGAGGUCGCAGCAACCGUCCACGCAGUCAAGCAGAGGCUUGGUAUGACGCACCAGUACCGGCUCGUCUGGCAGUCGCAAGUCGGACCACAGCCAUGGCUAGGAGCCCAAACAUCCGACACGGUCAAGUCCCUCAUGGAGAAAGGCCACACCGACAUCAUCCUCAUUCCUAUCGCUUUCACGAGCGAUCAUAUCGAGACGCUUUAUGAGCUGGACAAGGAAGUCAUCGGCGAGGACGCAGGCGGCCACGAGGGCGUAAAGCGUGUUGAGAGCCUGAACGGCAAUCCGGUGUUCAUCAGCGCUCUUGCCGACAUUGCGAAGCAUCAUUUGCACAGCGGAGUAGCCUGCAGCCCGCAGAUGGCCUUGAGGUGCCCGGGAUGUGUGAGCGAGCGCUGUCUGGCGCAAAAGGAGUUCUUUGCAGGCCAGCAAAAGCAUCUGGAGCCAGUCCGAGCGUAGUGGGACUGCAUGCAUCAUGUACUCUAUUGUGUAGCAUUUGGUUCGGAAAAGCAAUGCAUUCUAUGCCCCAGAGAACGAUACUGGGUCACGUGAUCUUGCGUCUUGCCUACCUAAGCCCUCCAAUAAU